GGGACUGGGGACUCGGGUCGGGGAAGGCGGGCCUCGGCCAAGCCCGGGUGGGAUUCCAUUUCGCCCGCAGCAGUGUGGGAGCCCGGCACGGGGCGGUCCCGGUGGCGAUCACUUCGGGCCGCGGGGUUGGGAACCGGAGCCGCCUCCGCGAAGCUUAGAACGCAGGAGAGAGACAAGUUGGAGUUCUGGCUUCGGGUUGUGAGCCCGGCCAGCAGGGCGCCCUCAGGGCAAGUUGCUUUUAACGUCUUCGAACCUCAUUUUACUUAUCUUUCUGCAUGGAGGCGUCGGCGGUACCUUUAAGAAGGGUCUUAACGUUGACCCCGGCCGGCUUGAGCGCCCGUGACGGGCCAUGUCGCUGUCCCACCUGUAUCGGGAUGGCGAAGGCCGUGUGGAUGACGACGACGAUGAGCGGGAGAACUUCGAGAUCACCGACUGGGAUCUGCAGAACGAGUUCAACCCCAACCGGCAGCGCCACUGGCAGACCAAGGAGGAGGCCACCUACGGAGUGUGGGCGGAGCACGACUCGGACGACGAGAGGCCCAGCUUCGGAGGCAAACGCCCCCGGGACUACUCUGCGCCGGUCAACUUCAUCAGCGCUGGGCUCAAGAAGGGGGCAGCGGAGGAGGCGGAGCUGGACGACUCUGAGGACGAAGAGAAGCCUGGGAAGCAGGAGGAGCUUCCGAAGGAUCUGGGGCCCAAGAAGCUAAAGACGGGGGGCAAUUUUAAGCCCAGCCAGAAAGGCUUUGCAGGAGGAACCAAGUCGUUCAUGGACUUCGGCAGCUGGGAAAGGCACACGAAAGGGAUUGGGCAGAAGCUUCUUCAGAAGAUGGGCUACGUGCCCGGCAGGGGCCUCGGGAAGAACGCACAAGGCAUCAUAAACCCCAUCGAAGCCAAACAGAGGAAGGGCAAGGGAGCCGUGGGGGCCUACGGCUCGGAGCGGACCACGCAGUCCCUGCAGGACUUCCCCGUGGUGGACUCGGAAGAAGAAGCCGAGGAGGAGUUUCAGAAGGAGCUGAGCCAGUGGAGGAAAGACCCCAGCGGAAGCAAGAAGAAGCCCAAAUACUCCUAUAAGACGGUGGAAGAGCUGAAGGCCAAGGGCAGGGUCAGCAAGAAACUCAGUGCUCCCCAGAAGGAGAUUUCGCAGGUCAAGGUCAUAGACAUGACGGGCCGGGAGCAGAAGGUCUACUACAGCUACAGCCAGAUCAGCCACAAGCACAGCGUGCCCGACGAGGGGCUGCCCCUGCAGGCCCAGCCGCCGCCCGUGCCGGGCAAGGAGGCCAAGGCCCCCGGCUUCGCGCUGCCCGAGCUGGAGCACAACCUGCAGCUGCUGAUCGAGCUCACGGAGCAGGAGAUCAUCCAGAACGACCGGCAGCUGCAGUACGAGCGGGACAUGGUGGUGAACCUGUCGCACGAGCUCGACAAGAUGGCCGAGGUGCUGGAGCACGAGGAGCGCGCCAUCGCCAACCUCAGCAAGGUGCUGGAGCUGGUGGAGCAGUGCGCACGGCGCCUGCAGCCGGCCUGCAGCAACCCGCUCACGCUGGACGAGUGCGCCCGCGUCUUCCAGACCCUGCAGGACAAGUACUACGAGGAGUACAGGAUGUCCGACCGCGUGGACCUCGCCGUGGCCAUCGUCUACCCGCUCAUGAAGGACUACUUCAAGGACUGGGACCCCCUCAAGGACUGCACGUACGGAACCGAGAUCAUCUCCAAGUGGAAAAGCCUCCUGGAGAAUGACCAGCUCCUGUCCCACGGCGGGCAGGACCUCUCGGCGGACGCCUUCCACAGGUUGAUAUGGGAGGUCUGGAUGCCUUUUGUCCGAAACAUCGUCAACCAGUGGCAGCCGCGGAACUGUGACCCGAUGGUGGACUUCCUGGACAGCUGGGUGCACAUCAUCCCCGCGUGGGUCCUGGACAACAUCCUGGACCAGCUCAUCUUCCCCAAGCUGCAGAAGGAGGUGGAGAACUGGAACCCACUGACGGACACCGUCCCCAUCCACUCCUGGAUCCACCCGUGGCUGCCGCUCAUGCAGGCCCGGCUGGAGCCGCUCUAUUCGCCCAUCCGCAGCAAGCUGUCCAGCGCGCUGCAGAAGUGGCACCCCAGCGACUCCUCCGCCAAGCUCAUCCUGCAGCCCUGGAAGGACGUCUUCACCCCCGGCUCCUGGGAGGCCUUCAUGGUCAAGAACAUAGUGCCCAAGCUGGGAAUGUGUCUGGGCGAGUUGGUCAUCAACCCCCACCAGCAGCACAUGGAUGCCUUCUACUGGGUGAUCGACUGGGAGGGCAUGAUCUCCGUCUCCAGCCUCGUGGGGCUCCUCGAGAAGCACUUCUUCCCCAAGUGGCUGCAGGUGCUGUGCUCCUGGCUCAGUAACAGCCCAAAUUACGAGGAGAUCACCAAGUGGUACCUGGGCUGGAAGUCCAUGUUCUCAGACCAGGUGCUGGCGCAUCCGUCCGUCAAGGACAAAUUCAACGAAGCCCUUGACAUCAUGAACAGGGCAGUGUCCUCGAACGUUGGCGCCUACAUGCAGCCAGGCGCACGGGAGAACAUCGCCUACCUCACCCACACGGAGCGGAGGAAGGACUUCCAGUACGAGGCCAUGCAGGAGCGCCGUGAGGCCGAGAACAUGGCCCAGCGGGGCAUCGGUGCGGCUGCCAGCUCGGUGCCCAUGAACUUUAAGGACCUCAUCGAGACCAAGGCCGAGGAGCACAACAUCGUCUUCAUGCCCGUCAUCGGGAAGCGGCACGAGGGGAAGCAGCUCUACACCUUCGGCCGCAUCGUGAUCUACAUCGACCGUGGGGUGGUCUUCGUGCAGGGCGAGAAGACCUGGGUGCCCACCUCGCUGCAGAGCCUGAUCGACAUGGCCAAGUAGGCGGCGUGCAGGCAUCAGCGGCAGUGGAGUGCUCCAGGAAGGGUGCCUUCCGUAGUCACUGGAGACGCUGCACACUGUGCCAGGCUCCAGGACAGAAGACACGGCCAUGCUGCCUCACAUGUGCCUCACCUGCUCUCGAACGCCAUGCGUCCUCGAAAUCGGACGGCCCUGUGGAGGUGCUUCCUGGGCUGCCAAGAAAGGGGCUCUCGGCCUGCCCUUCACAGCGGCCAGCCCUGUGGUCCCUGGCAGCGUGUGCCUCCGCUCACACCGCGUGCCUGCCAGGGAGCUCAGCUCAGGGGCUGCGGGCUCUUCCGUCUCUCCUUCCUGAUGAUCUCCAGGUCCUCGCAGUCCUGAUACUCGGGUUCUUCCCGGAACGUCCAGACCUCCGUGGAGAGCUGCUGUAGCUUCUGCACAGGGAACCAGUGGACAGCAGUGUCGUUAAAGGUGUCCACGUACUGGGCCGUCUGGGCGAACUCCAGCUCCUCCAGUCCCUUCAGGACCUGGGCAAACAUUGGAACACACAAACUGAAUGGUCACGGUCACGCCCCACUGCUCUGGCUUCCAUUCCCAUUUUAAGUCUUACAAAACAAGGAAUCUGAUUGGAAUGUUUUUGUGCAAUGAAUGGGGAAACCCCUAGGCCAGUGGACGUGCUGGACGGUGCCCCUGAGGGGCAGGGAUGGUCAGCAGAACCCCUGGAUGAGGGAGGGAGCUGCCAGCACGGUGACAGCAGUGACAUGUCACUCCCUUGUCUGUGUUCAGACAGAUACCUUCGCAAUGUAGGAGUAGCUCUUCUGCAGGGUCCUUGUCAACAACCUGCAAAUAAAGGAGCCCUGAUUACCAGGUGGAA